AUGGCCAGCAGCCACCGCAUUCUCCCUAGAGUAAACAGCCUGGAGAAAGGAACGUGUGGAAGAGGUAGAGACCUGGCCGUCAGGAAGGAACACAGGCACCUCUGUGGCUCCCUGACAGUGACUCUGUUCCUUUCAGUGGGGGUCAACUUGUUCUAUUUCUGCAUCAUCAUUUACCUGUACGGGGACUUGGCCAUCUACGCUGCCGCCGUGCCCUUCUCCCUCAUGCAGGUGACCUGCAGCGCCACUGGCAACGAGUCCUGUGGUGUGGAGGCCGACAGCAAGCACAACGACACAGACCCGUGCUGGGGGCCCCUGCGCCGCGUGGACGCCUACCGCAUCUACUUGGCUGUCUUCACUCUCCUCCUUGGACCCUUCACCUUCUUUGACGUCCAGAAGACCAAGUACCUGCAGAUCCUGACCUCCCUGAUGAGAUGGGUUGCUUUUGCCAUCAUGAUCGUGCUGGCGCUGGUCCGCAUCGGGCACGGGCACCGGGAGGGGCACCCGCCCCCGGCUGACCUCGCGGGGGUCCGGAACCUGUUCGGCGUGUGCGUCUACUCGUUCAUGUGCCAGCACUCUCUGCCGUCCCUCGUCACACCUGUGUCCUCCAAGCGCCACCUCCCGUGCCUGGUCUUCCUGGACUACGUGCUCAUCCUCGCCUUCUACGGCCUCCUGGGCUUCACCGCCAUCUUCUGCUUCCGUGGCGACGCCCUCAUGGACAUGUACACCCUGAACUUCGCGCGCUGUGACGUCGUGAGCGUGGCCGCCGUGCGCUUCUUCCUGGGCCUCUUCCCCGUCUUCACCAUCAGCACCAACUUCCCCAUCAUCGCCGUGACCCUCCGCAACAACUGGAAGACGCUCUUCCACCGCGAGGGGGGCACGUACCCCUGGGUAGUGGACCGCGUGGUGUUCCCCGCCAUCACCCUGCUGCCCCCGGUGCUGGUGGCCUUCUGCACCCAUGACCUGGAGUCCCUGGUGGGCAUCACGGGGGCCUACGCCGGCACGGGCAUCCAGUACGUCAUCCCCGCCUUCCUGGUGUACCACUGCCGCAAGGACACCCAGUUGACCUUGGGCUACGGGACUGUCAACAAGCAUGGGUCCCCUUUCCGCCACACCUUCUGGGUGGGCUUUGUGCUGCUCUGGGCUUUCUCCUGCUUCUUCUUCGUCACCGCCAACAUCGUCCUCAGCGAGACCAAGGUCUGAUGGCAGGAUGUAUCUGGCGGUAAGAGAGGUGGGGGCUCCACUCCGGCGCCCCCACUCACCUUCCCCCCUGCAGAGCCAAGAUCUAGCUCCUUCCCAGGGUUCCUUGGGGCAGGCGAGGCCGGACUUUCGGAGGGGACCCUCCCCAUCUCCGGCUGGGGGUAGGAUUCCGCACAGUCUGUACUGUGCCUCACUUGCCAGGUGACCCUUUUUCCAGGUACCCCGGCCACAGCCUGGGCGCACAGCCUGAACCCAGGUUCCAGACUUGGCUCCUGCUCUACACACAGGCCCCACCAGACAAACACCAGGGGCAGGCUCCUCCCCCGCACGGUGGGGAUGCAGUGCUGGCACUGCCACUAUUUAUACCAGACACCACGUCCCCUCCUCCUUUGUCCCAGACCCUCGUGCAUCCUUGUCUGGGGAAUCUGCCCCACGAGUAGCUGCAGCCUCAGGGCGAAUCCCAGGCCGGAACCCUGCUCUCCAUGGGGGUUGCCAGCCAUAGGCAGGUCCUGCCUUCCCCUCAGGCCUGGAGUGGCCAGGUGCCGCUCCCCAGGAGGGCCUGGCCAGCCCCGAGACAAGAACAGGAAGUGCUGGUCAGCAUCAGGGUCCCUGGCCUGUCGCUGUAAGGGCCUUGCCGUGGGUUCCAGCGUCUGUCCUGAGCUCCUGAGCCCGUGAUGACUCAGCCCAGGAGAUGGUUUAAAGCCCAGAGCCCGUGACCCCUCAAAGGGAUCCUCUGCUCUCCUGACUGCCCCACUGGGGCCCGCAGGGUCUCCGCAGUUACCGAGGGGCAGUGUAUAAGGACCACGAAAGGGAGCCACCCCCAGCCACCAUCACAGUGGCUUGGGAGCGCCGGGAGCUCGUGGCCGUGGGCAGGCUCUGCUUCCCGCCCUGUAAGAGGUCAGGCCUGCGGGGAGCAGCGGGCUUGGCUGUCCCUGCUCCCCCUCCCUUUUGAGCCAGACUGUGGGUACUCUGUUCAUACUCUCCAUGACCCUUGAGUGCUGUGGAGUGAGAUGGGGCACCUUCUCAUGGAAGGAGGAGUGGGUUUCUGGCCACCUCACCAGCUCUUCCGUGGUCCCGUCCCUGUCACAAGCAUGCAUGCGUCUGCUGGGCCAGCCUUCCUUGGAAACACAGGUGACUAGUGAACUCUGCAUUUUCAAUGUGCCUUCUGCUUCAGGACCUGGGGGUCCUUCCUAACCCUUCCUGGUGUGCCCCCAGCCCUGGGCCUGGCCCACCUGUCCUGGAGCCCAGAGCAGCUUGGCCUGGAGCUGCCUAUCUGGGGUGGGGUUUCAGGUCCCCAGCCCCCCUCCCCUUUUUUAUUUCAGUGCCUUGCUCAGCCCACGUUCGGGAACCUUUGCAGCCUCCUGCAUGGCAUGGUGAUCUUGGAGGGAGAGGGAGGAAGACCUGGGAUUUGUAGGAACUGGGGAGUCCAUAGGCCAUGCCACCCCCCACCCUGGCCUUUUGCCGUGGUCUGCAUUUUCACUGUUGUUACAUCUUAGUCCGUCCCCAAGUAUUGUGAUUUUCCAUCCAUGUGAAAACCAAACCACCCUUCCCCAUCUGCCACGGCGUAUUCUUUCCAGGAGGCCACAGCCCCCAGUGGGCAGAGCAGGGAGGGCUCCCGGGAGCGGGGGGGCAGGCACUCCAUGGCUCCGGCCCUACCUGGAGCUGCCCAGCUGUUUGCUGAAAACACAAAAUAUCCAUACUUACUCUUCUCCAGUUCCAUCCCUGCUUGCUUAAGGACAAAGCAAAUUAAAUCAUCCUGCCGCCCCAGGCUCCAAACCAAAUAUUGGACGCGAAUUUAUUAGCAUCAUAAAGCCCAGGUUGAUUUAUGUGACAGUCUGGAGGCACACAGCGGUGCAGUCGGGCGGCUGCACUCCCCUCCUCCGAGCCCUGCAGCCCCAGGCCUGGAGAGACCGAAUCGUGGCCGUGUCGCUGACGGGAAGCCAGGGUACUCACACUGGGCUCCUCUGCUCCUCGGCGUUCACCUGCUGUCUGACCGCCUGGAGGUCAGAUGGGGUCGCCUUCCUCUCUACUGCUGAUAGCCAGGGGGCUUAGGGCAAGGGGAAGAGGACGCCAGCAGCUAGACAGACCCCCGAUGAUGCCUGUUCACCGAGUGCAUCAGGUGCCUUGGUUGCAAGUGUUUAUGUCGGUGCGGCGAGGUGGGCGAGCCGGAUCAUGGUUUUCAUGUUACAGAUGGGCCCCCGGGGGUCAGUGGCAGGGAGGGCAGAGGAGGAGGCCCGCCCGGCCUGGCCUGGGCACAAACGUCGCUGUGGAGGAGCACAUGAACUCCACAGCCCCCACCUGGUGCCUUUCACCCAGACUGGCCCCAAGAGCAGCCCAGGCCAAGGGGGGCAUCUGCGGUCCCUUGCGCCGCGGUGCCCAUGGCUCCUGCCUGUUCCCUCACCUGAGGCCAGAGAGGUGGCUGCGGGACGGGGCAGAUGGCAGGUGACAGGCUGGGAGGCACUGCUGAGUGGUGGAAGGUGGGCAGUGGGCACCUUGCCAGGCCCUUAGCGACACAGCUGUUCUCACCACACGGGGGCCGGGAGCAGCCUCGGCAAUAGGCAGACUAAAGUCAGAGCAGGGAAGGAUGGGGGCUGCGCCCCACCUCAGGGGAGUCCAGCCCCGGGGCGGGGGGAGCCUGGCAGGGCCAGCCCCUCGGGCGUGUGACCACGCCCAUCUCCCCCUGUCUCGGCAUGGAGUCGGAUUCCCGGGCAGGGCUGACCCCACGCUGGCCAUUGACAGCCACUACAAAGCUGCUCUUCUGAAACUGAGAUCCAGGACUGCAGGGGGGAGCUUUGCAAACCUCCUUGCCCGGGGCUGGGGUUCACGGUGUCGGUGGGAGAAAGGGAGAAUAGCUUCCUCAGGGCCUGGUAUGUGCCGGCAUGGUGCUGGGUGCUUUCCGCAUGAACCUUGGCGUAAUUUGGGAAUUGAGAACGUGGAUCAAGAAGCCGGAGCUGCCCCUUGCAGGUGGUGAGCCUCCAUGCUCGUCCCCCUCAUUUGUAACACGGGGGCCAUAGGGCCUGCACCGCUGACCGGUGGUGGGAACUUAGGUACUGAGCUUAGUGCCUGGCACAAAAGUGCUCAAUAAAGCUAUCACGUACUGAU